AUGAAAAAACGUCCGUUUCGUUGCCUCCUCUCGCCUUCCGUAGUCCCGGAACCCACGUGGUCAAGCAAAAACAUCAUGGCGGCUGGAUUCAAGACUGCUGAGCCUCUGGAGUACCACAGGAGCUUUCUGAAAGAAAAUUGUCGCCCUGAUGGACGCGAGCUGUCAGAAUUCAGAACCACGACCCUCAACAUUGGGUCCAUCAGUACCGCGGACGGCUCGGCGCUGGUCAAGCUGGGUAACACCACGGUCAUCUGCGGGGUGAAAGCGGAGCUGGCCAACCCCUCCAUGGAGGCGCCCGGCAAAGGCUUCAUCGUGCCCAACGUGGACCUGCCGCCUCUCUGCUCCUCCCAGUUCCGACCCGGUCCGCCGGGCGAGCAGGCCCAGGCCGCCAGUCAGUUCAUGGCCGACGUCAUCGAGAGCUCAGAGAUGCUGCAGACGGAGGAUUUGUGCAUCGAGAGAGGAAAGCUGUGCUGGUGCUUGUACUGUGACAUGAUGUGUCUGGACCACGAUGGCAACCUGCUGGACGCCUGCACGCUCGCCCUGCUGGCCGCGCUCAACAACACUCGACUCCCAGAGGUGGCCGUCGACGCCGAGACGUGCACGCCGCAGGUGGACCUGGGGAAGACACGGCGGCUGAAGAUCGUCAAGCAUCCCGUCGCCGCCUCCUUCUGCGUCUUUGACGACUCCGUGGUCAUGGCGGACCCCACGGCCGAGGAGGAGCAACUGUGCACCUCUCAGAUCACCGUGGUGACGGACGAGGACGGUCGCCUGUGCUCCGUGCACAAACCAGGCGGCACGUCGCUGUCCGGGGAGAAGCUGCAGGAGUUCAUCAAGCGGGCGAGGGCCCGUCAGAGAGAGAUCCAAGAACUGGUCAGGAACGUGACAAAAAGCCUCACACCCGUUUAGUGGUUUUAUAUCUAAAAAGCUGUAUUUUCACUGUCAAUAUAUAAUCUUUUCUUUUUUUUUUUUAAUAACAAUAAAACUGCUGCCAAAGACUGCUU